AUGGUGCCAUUUGCAGCUCCAGGUGAUGAGCUGGAGGUUGAAAUCUGGGAACGUGACAUUCAGUCUCGAGUCAAAUGGGCUGCUCAGAAAAACCAGAGCACGUGGCCGCUUUUUGGACAAUCUCGUCAAGUUUCAAAGCCCAGUGACCAUCGAGUACAUCCUCCAUGUAGCAAGUACUUUGGUCGAUGUGGUGGUUGUAAAUUGCAACACGUAAGGUAUGCUCAACAACUUGUAGAGAAACAGAAAUGGAUUCGUCAGCUUUUCGCUUCAAGAAAACACUCUCCAGAUAUGGAAAUCCGUAAAAUUUUAGGUGUUGAGACUGAUGGAGACCAUGCUGGUACAUACCAUUACCGUAACAAGAUGGAGUUCACCUGCAGUACUGGUCGUUGGUUGUUGGACGAGGACAAGCUCCCAGACGAUGGUUGUUCCUCUGGAGCUUUGCCUUCCUAUCCGUUCACGGUUGGAAUGUUCCCUGUAACGUCGGUCAGUGCUCGACGAUCCAAGCAAGUUCACGGCAAAAGUAAAGCCCGUCGACGUCGUGGUGCUGUUUGGAACUCCAGGAUCUUGUCGCUGAAAGAAUGUUUACUGCAGACUUCAGCUUGUAACCGAUUGCUGCAGCAGGUUGUGACAAGGUGCGAGAGUGCAGGUCUACAGGCUUACGACUUUCAUACACACGAAGGUUUUCUCAAGCAAAUUGUGUUGCGUCGCGGUGUUAAUCGUGACAAUCGCACUGAAAUCAUGCUGGGACUUGUCACUACGACGUUUGAUGGAGAACAAAGCGAGAUCCUGAAGGGCCUCGUGCAUAGCAUUGCUGAAGAAUACGAGAACGAUCUAGCGGAAAUUGGCGAUGAUUCACGGCUCGUGUCGAUUGUGGAAAGUCUCGAUCGUGAAGCUCAACGUCAUCGGCGCGAGAGAAACAAUGCAACCAUUGAUCCCACCGUUGGCAUUGCCACCGAGCGCGUUCUCUAUGGCGCUUCACAUCUAGUAGACACUAUUCUGGACCACAACUUUGAGAUAUCCUUUGACUCAUUUUUUCAGCCAAACGCAGCUCAGGCUAGCCUUCUUUACCGCGAAAUCCAGCACAUGAUGGAAUCGCUUCCCGAAAAACCUGUGGUAUGGGACCUCUUCUGCGGCGUCGGUAGUAUUGGCAUUUGUGUGGGGGCGCAUGCCAAGACUGUUGUGGGGUUUGAGCUCGUGGAUGCGGCUGUCGAGCGCGCCAAAGUUAAUGCGCGGUUGAACGGGUAUUCUUCUAGCCACAUGCAGUUCUUUUGCGUCGACUUGACGAAGAACUAUCAGGAAGAGGAACUUCAAAAGAAAGUGAAUGCCUGCUCGGAUCUUGUGUCUUCUGAUCUCCCGGACAUGGUGAUCGUUGAUCCUCCUCGUGCAGGGCUGCACAAAAAGCUCAUCAAGAUGCUGCGGCGUAUCGCACCUCGCCACGUUUGCUACGUGUCGUGCAAUCCGCACUCACAAGCUCUCGAUCUCGAAGCUUUCUGUGCCAAGGCGAAGCCUGAAGUCAAAGAGUUUGGCACCUACCGCGUGCGGCAUCUGCAGCCGGUUGAUAUGCUUCCUCACACUCCUCACAUUGAGACGAUCGCAUGGCUUGAGCGUUGCAAGUGA